AUGGAUCGUGCUGUAGAGAAUUUCAAGAAUUCUCUUUAAAAAUCUGGCUUGAAGGAGGUCUCGUCCUCUGGGGGAUGUCAUUUCUUUCUGUUUUUCUGCCCUAUUACUUCUCGUGCUGGAACUGACAUUGACGCUGCAGUGAAGUACCUUAAUGAAGAGAUUAAAGCUUCCAAGCCAGUCAUCAUGGUGGUGCUCCAUCACACCUUUGACCCUGAGAAAAUUAUACUGGACAGCAGCACUGCUAUAAAGAAAGAGGACAUAUCUGCAGUGGACUGUCUGUUCGAUGACAAUGGGUUACUGGCAUGUCAGAAGAAUAAGAAUGCAAUUAGUAAAAUUCAAACUGACUCAAUAUCAAAGGCAUAGCUAUUGAUCAGCAUGUCUUUUAUAUGAACCGUGUCCUUGAUUAUGUGUUUCCACAGUUA